AUGUAUUUCCUGAAGCCUCUUAUCGCGACCUGGGCGUGUUUGGCCCAAGUCAGUUUGGCAGGUGUGGCGUUCACGAAGUGGCCAACUACCGCGUACACUGGAAAGCCAUCCACAGUGUAUUAUCAGGGCGACCCGGACUCUCCCGCAACAAUUACCCUGCGGCAUGGACCUUCUGGCAACCUCAAGACCCUCAAAGUCCUCACCACGCAGGCAGAAGGAGGCUCGUACACAUGGGUCCCUGACGAAGAUCUCCCUGCUGGCCCCAACUAUGCAUUGCAGAUCGAACAAGAUGGCAGUAUCAAUUACACCGGUCUUCUGAAGAUUGCGAAUCGACCCGAUCAGAAACCUGCGCGGCCGUCAGCUUCCCAGAACACACCCCUUCCAUCUGACAGCAACACUCCUCUCAGUGGUGGGAAAACCGUUCAAAAAGGCAACAAUGGCUAUCUCCCUAUUCUUAACGGCUCAAGCACCGAUACCACCAUUACUUCAAACAAAGGUGCAACAACCGAAUCCAACGAUGGUGCCACUUCCAGAUACAUUUCCCCCGAGAUGAUGCUGGCUGCGUUGGCCGCCACCGUCUAUUUUGCUGCUUGA